GAACGAGUACUUAUUCUGGAGGCCUGUUGCUGAGGCUGGCACUCUUGUUCAAGCUACCUUCCCACCUAAGCCAUGAAGGGAGCGGUUGUACUUCUCGUCGUCAGCGUGACCGUCGCAGAAUGUUCCUCAAAAAGGCCUGGUGAAUGGAUGGAUCAGGACCCGUUGAGUGAUCCAAAGUAUAUGAAACUCGCGCACUAUGCGCUUAUUGACCAGGAGCCCAAAAAAAAGUACUACUACACAGUUCUGAACUUGCUGGAAGUAAAGACACAGGUUGUUAACGGAGUAAACUACGCACUGACAUUCGAGAUUACCCCAUCUGACUGCCCCGUCGCCGAUGGUCCGUAUGCUGGCGAGUCAUGCAAGCCUACCGGUGAUGAGCCCAGCGCAGUUUGCACUGCUGUUGUAUACGAGCGUUCAUGGAAAAAACAAAGAGAACUUGUAACGCUGCAGUGCCACAGUUAAAGAACAGCGGCUUGUCUGGACCGUACGCCGUUGGUACAGCAGUGUCGUGGCUCAUUCUUUUUUGCGUAAGCACGUGAACUGAAGUUAUUCUUGCGUUUUUUUGUCAAAACUUGAUUCAUAAAAAAAUGUU